ACCUCAAUUCCUCAUUAUCUGGGAGUGGUACCCAGGGUCGUUUUUCCACGUAGACCCGUGGAACUCCUAGGUGCAGGAUGUGGCCCAGUCCUUGGAAUGACGCAUCAGAAUUGAGGGAUGAGAUACCACCCCACCCCGAGCUAAAAGAGAUACGGAAAAUUCCCUGCACCUCAGGGCGCAGGGGCUUCCUCUGAGAAUCCGAUGCUUUGCCAUAUUGAUAUGCUUCUGCAGUGCUCUUUGCUGUAAAAAUCAGAUAUUGCAAAGCUACUGUAACUGUUUAGUUCUCGCUCUCCGAAGGAAGCAAAAACCCUUUGGUGCAUCUCCACUCCUGGAACCUUUGGCCGCUUGGGAAGUGGGAAGUGCACAGCAGUAUUUGCCAUAGCUGUCAACUUUUCCCUAUUCUUGCAAGGAAUCCUAUUCAGAAUAACCUGAGAUGGCGGGUGCGAUCGACUUCCGUGCUUUGGAGAAAGAGUUGGAAGAAGCUAUUGCUGCUGAUGAAAAGUACCAGAGAGAGAAUGAAGCCAAGUUCCGAGCAGUGCACCAGAAAGUGGCGACUUAUGAAGAAUUCAGGGAUAUUGUUUUAGCAUCACAUUUAAAGCCUCUGGAGAAAAAGGACAAGGUGGGGAAGAAAAGAAAUGUGUUGUGGAACUCCCACGCAGUUAAAGCAAACUUGAAACAAGAGAGUGAGGUACAUCUGUCUCAGGAGUUGGAACAGCUGCCCAAGACAUCUGCAGAAUUCUACAGAUAUUGGCACAGAUGCAUGAAAAACAGCCAAGAACGCUACCAGCUCCUGCUCCAACUUGGAUCCCAAAACCUGGGCCAAAUCUUCCAAACAGAUCUUGCUUUUGGUUUCCUAGGUGAAUUCCUAGCAGUGUUCAGUGAAAAUAUCUGCCUCAAAGACCGGCACUCUGUCUUGGAGAUUUUGGAGAGUUUUUCAGGAACCAAACGCUUUGGAUUGAAUGUGGCACUCAUGAGUGAGCCAGAGAAGAAAAGCUGUCGACAGUUGUUUGAGAAAUUGCAAAGGAUGGGGACUGACCCUAGCAAUCCUCCUGACUUUUCACAUGCCACAGAGGAGGAAGGUAUGCCUGUUACCCAAGUCCAUUGCCAAGUAGAUGGACCAACUAAAAUAAAAUGGAUGGAACUGAUGCGCCUUUACAAAGUCACCUAAAGGAAGCUAGAGCUUGUGUCACAAGCCACACCACAUAAGGAAAUAAUGGAGAAGAUACAGGGGAAAGGAACGUCCACUAGGAACAUCUUCUAUCAAUCCCCAUUAAGGUGAGUGGGAGAUUAUCAAGAGCACACAUGAAUUCUUGUACACCUCCAGUUAAUCUCAGUACAACUUGUAUAGAAUAUAUAUUUGUUGAAUGGUGGAUGGACCUGUUUACUGAUGGACCUGCACCUGUUUGCUGUGUUUUUAGGUGAGCUCUACCUUCUCCAACAAGGCAGGUAGUGCAUUGUCAAUAAAUAAUAUUUGUUAAUGGA